AUGGGUGGCCGCGCGGAGCCAGCGCUUCCCGUUGACGAUCUGUCUAAAUCUGAGAAGGACGUGCUUCGGGAUUACUACAGUGCCAGCAAUUACGUGGUCUCGCCUGGUGGACUGCUGAAAGUUGCUUCUGUUGUGACGGCAGCAGUGGCGACAGCACUGUUGUUGAACAGCCGGGGCUGCGACGCAGCGCCCGGGCUGGCGGCCAGUGCAGCCAGCGUGGCGCUGGCGGCGGCCGCGCUUUCAGCGCUUCUCUACAGCGGCGCCCUGCUGCGACUGCCGUUGCGAGCGCCUCAACUCUGGCUCUACAUUGAUAUAAUAUUAUCGACUGUGCUCGGCGUGCUGUUACUGGUGUCUGCCAUAAUGAGCUUGACGACGUGCGAGCUGACCCGGCCCGUCGACUACAUGCACGGACCGCUGACCAUUGUGAGCGCCAGCAUGCUGGUGGGCAGCGCAGCAGUCACGUACGGCGCAGUGUCGAGCCGCCAGCACGGGUUGCAGUCCCGGCGCUAGCCGCCGCGGGCUGACGUCCGCGAGCAUGACGCGUGACGGGCGGCGUUACGUUUAGUGUAAAUCAUAGACAAUUAUUUAGUAAUUUAGUUGCUCGACUGCAUUCUUGGACAUUUGUAUACAUCAUUAUUUUAGUAUCAUGUUUUUGUCUAGCUUAAUUGUUAUGUUUUUUUUUUGUAUGUGAUAAUGGAAUGGUGCAUCCGCCUGCGCUAACGGUUUACGCUGGCGGGGCACCAGUGGAGGGUGAUAAUAUGAGCAUGAAGUCAGGUCAGUUAGCCCAUCGUGACAAAUUCACCAGGAAUUUAACACGAUGGUUUCCAGGGGGAACCGCGUGGAGGUCAACCUGAUAUGGUACAUUGCUAGUAAUGGGUUCAUUAGUGCCUAACUUACUUAUUUAAACAAAAUACCUACCUCAUGUUAUAAUUAUAAUAAAGUAAGAAACGAAGAAGUACUACACAGGGUAAAAGAAAAAAGGCAAAUAUUGAACACAAUAGAAAAUCGACGAGGAAAAAUGUUGGGAUACUUAAUACGGCACGAUGAUUUUAUGAAAAUUAUUAUUGAGGGGAAAAUAGAGGGAAAGAGGGGGAGGGGAAGACCAAGGCACAGCUACAUCAAACGAAUUAAGAAGAAAAUGAGAGUCGUGUCAUAUCAAGAAUUAAAGAGCAUGAUGGAAGAUGGCGGAAAGUGGCAAGAGUUGCACCGACAAGAGCGCAGCUCUUAAAUUAUGAAUGAAUGAAAUAAUUAUAAUAUUAAUACAUAAUGUACAUAAUUAUUAUUUGCACAAUUUGACCCACUCAACACUUCCUAUGCCACGCUGUAUUGGGUUGACUGGAAGAGAUCUCUUUUAGAGAUAAGUCCUCCUUUGUUAACGUUAGUUCUAAUUAAUAUACUUAUAAAAUGUAUUUAAGUGCAAUAAAGAAUAUAUAAUAAUUAAUUUAGUUAUUUUUAGAUAAUAUAAGAUACUUAAAAAAAACAAUCAAAAGAGGAAUAAAAACAAAAUAAAAAAAUAAUCGGUCCCCACGCAAGGCACAACGCGUAGUAAGGUUUACGUAGUUUUUCUUAUGUAUAGAUGCCCUAGGGGCUAUGAUCUAGCCACCCGGGGGUUGUUGCCCCGGAGUAGAUGCCCCAACCUUCACCUCUGGGGGGGUUUGAUUUGGUCUUGAUGUUUAGGAGAUCUGCCAGCACAUAAUUAGCAGAAUAACUACUUCUACUCUGCGCAGGAAAAUAAUAGAAUCAAUGAAACAAAAUGCUAAAACAAAAUAUAGUUUAUUGCGAAAUCAAAGUAUAAAAAUAAUUAUAUCUUUAUAUACUAUGUACAUAUAUUUACCUUUUAUUUACAUACAAUAAAACAAUACAGGUCAUGGGUAUACAGUAUUUUUUUUUAAACAAUGGCUUGGGUAAUUUAUUUCUCUUUUAAGUGAAUUGUUAAAAAUAAAUGAUAAUCACUGGACUUGGUUUAUGGAGCUGAGGUAUACAGAAAUAGCUGUACUUAUAUGACACUACACGGGUUGAUUUCCGUUACCACGCGGUUGGGGGGGGGGGGG